GGCUCGGCGCCGGGGGCGUCCUCUCGACCGCCUCCAGCCGCGGGAGCGUUACGCCUUCCCUGUCCGCAGGCUCCUCCGUGCGGCGGACCCCGCUGCGGCCGGGGCGGCGUGCGCGGCGCCGGGCGGAUCGCGGAGCGGCGGCAGCGCUCGCCAGGUCCAAUGAUGACAGCUCACUUGAGAGGCAGCCAGUUUCUGCAGAAAACCUGUCCCAGCAUUUAACACCACUAAUACCUGACGUCUGACGAAAGGAAAAAGCAAAGCGAGCUGAGUGAGUCCAAGCUCUGUGAAACCUCAUCAGGAUUUGAAAGUAGUUAAUGAGGGUGGCUCAACCCCAGGGGUUUAUUGUCAGCCCUUCCAAGCCCUGUGCCCAGGGGGACACUCUUAUACCUCAGUAUUACUUCUCCGUGUUUUCCCAGUUUGCUGUAUAUCUGAGAUGCUCCAAAGGGUCUUAGAAAUUGUCACCAUCUACAUUUGGCUUUAAAGAGGUUCGUUUAUGAGAUUGGAAAUAACUGUGAUAUCGAGCAUCCGCCUGGAUGCAGAGGCCUUUUCACAGCGGAUAUUCAGCAUCGGUAAAUGGAUUUGCGGAUUUGCAUGGGGUAAAAAUGGAGGCAGAAAUAAACUUCUGAAAUCGGAUCUCGGUCCAGGAAUGAUGGCUUCUCAGCUGCACACACAUGCUUUCAAUAUCUCGCCAGUAGAGAAUAGGAGAUUGUGCAUAAAUGGAACACCAUGGAUUUGGCAUCUUCUGGAAGAAUGUGUGGAGAACGCGUGGGAGUACUGGAGCGUUGUCACAGGGCUCAUUUCCAUUGUCUGUUUUCUGUUUGCUGCACUACCUCAAAUUUCCGUUGCCUGUCAGAACGGAAGAGUGGAUCAAGCGCUGUCUUUGGGCUUUCUGCUGUGUUGGAUAGCUGGAGAUCUCACCAAUUUCAUAGGCUGCUAUUUAACAAAUCAACUGCCAAUUCAGAUCGUCACUGCCGUUUUUUAUGUUAACAUGGAUAUAAUCAUGAUUUCACAAUUUGUCUACUAUAAGCUCAAGAACCAGAAGAUGACCCAACGCAGCAAAAGCCUGAAGAAUUUCUGUGUGACGUGGGUCGUGGUGUGUAUAGCACUGUGGGUUAUUUUACCCUCACAGAUGUUACUAAGAAACCGAGAGCAGAGGAAAGUAAUCAAAAGAAGUGAUAACACUCUCGAUAUGAUUGAAAUGUCAGGCUUCAUUUGUGGCUACAUAUCCUGUGUGUUCUACUUGGGAAGUAGAUUUCCUCAGCUGUAUAAAAACUUCCGAAGAAGAUCGACAGAAGGCACCUCGUACCUGCUGUUUGCAUUGGCCAUGGUGGGAAAUGGUACAUAUGGACUGAGCCUUGUUUUGAAGAUGCCAACGACUGAAUCUUCCAGGGCGCUCUACUUGUUCCACCACCUCCCAUGGCUCAUUGGGAGCUUUGGAGUUCUGUUUCUAGACAUUUUUGUGAGCCUGCAGUUCGCGCUCUAUGGGCAGCGCAAGGGAAGAGGAGCCGGUUCGGUGGUGCUGGAGGUGGAGCCGCUGCUGGGGGCGGAGGCGGCCGAGAGCCCCCGCAAACCACACCUUGGGUCACUUUGACAAACUACUCCCAUUGCGGUUGCUUAGGGACCAGAGUUAUUCUUCAUUAUUUAUUUCGCCAUUAAUUUGUCGCUACUCAUUUGCAAAUGACAUGCCAAUAGUAGUACUUACUCUGUUGCUUCAGGCUGGAUACAUUUCUUUUUCCAAAUGUUUUUUCCCCAUUUUAGCUGUUUCUCCCCAAGUGUGACAUGGAGUCAUGGCGAUGGGUGCUAUAGAAGUAUUUAUUUGACACCAUGAUGCAGUGACUAUUUCCUUUUGGCUGAACACGUACAUCUAAUUGACAGCUUGGCUGGUUUCAAACCAGACUAUGAGGUUUCCCAUGUGCACUGAACCCAACCUGGGCUUCCAGGCUGGUGCCUGUAAGAUUUGGCCUUUUCUAUUUGUUCUCCAUGUUAUUUGCCUCCGAAGAGAAAACAUCCUAUAAUUAAGUCAUUUCCAUCAUUGAUGCAACAGCACAAUCCUGCAGUUGGUUGUUGGGCUCAUUGCUUAUUGGGUUUAUUUUGAGGAGUUAAAGUGCUUGUACAUCAAUAUCUGUGUCUUCCAAGGAAUAUAAUCUUACCUACGAUAUAACAUUAUAAGAUACAUUUUCUUUGCGAACUUCUGGUUUAUAUAAGUAUCAAUUAAAAAAAAAUCAAAGCUAAGGGGACUGUAUAAUGCAAUUGUGGAUUUUUCGCAAUACUGUGUUGUGUGUGAAGAAAGCUUUAAUAAAAUUAUGUCAAAGAAUGAACUUCUUGUUAAUAUGUCAUUGAAUAUAUGUAUAAUUAUUUACUCCUAAAUUUGUGAAUGAAGGGGCUGUUUUUUUGAAAGGUUAAUAUGAGCUUUUUAUACAUUUGUGGGCUUGCCAUUCAGCUCUUUCCCUUUGAUUUCGGGUUAAAGGGACACGGUUUAAAUUUUGUUUGUCAAGAAUGAAAAUGAAUAUGUAAUAAAUAUGUUAAUUUAA